GUCAAAGACCAUCACGGCCACGAAACGCAGCAAGCUCGAACGCGCUAUAGAAGCAAUCGGUCACGUGCAUCCUCGUCUCAAAACAUCAAAGACCGCUCAAGAAGCCAAAGACGCAAGACGCCAGUGUUCGCGCCACGCACAAUGGGCGUCUCCAUCCUUCCCCCCAGCGCUCCGCUCCCGCCCCGCCGCGAUGCGCCCGCCGAAGACAGCGACGUCGACAUGUCCGACGACGAGCUCCCGACCUCCAGCAGCGCCUCGAUCGUCACACCCGGCGAGCACAUCACGAGCGACCCGCAAUGGAUGCGCGGGCACGGCACCUACAUCCCAGCCGGCAGCGGGACAAUCAUCUCCACCGUGGCGGGCAACCUGCACAAGACCAACAAGCUGCUCUCCGUGCAGCCGCUGCGCGCGCGGUACCAGCCCGAGAUUGGCGAUCUGGUGAUCGGGAGGAUAGUCAACGUGCAGACGAAGAAGUGGAGCGUGGACAUUGCCGCGCCGAUGCUGGCCAACCUGCCUUUGUCGAGUAUCAAUCUGCCGGGUGGUAUUCUGCGGAGAAGGACGGCGGUCGAUGAGCUCAACAUCCGGACGUUCUUCUCCGAGGGCGACCUGCUCGUCGCAGAGGUCCAGUCGCUGCACCAAGACAACACGGCUUCGCUACACACGCGCUCGCUAAAAUACGGAAAGCUGCGCAACGGGCUGUUCACGUCGCUCUCCGGCGCGGGCGGCGGCAUCUUGUCGCGCAAAGGAGGCGUGGUGCGCAGCCGGCGACAGGUCUUCACGCUGAACACGGCGGCGGGCGAGAUUGACGUCGUGCUCGGCGUCAACGGCUACGUCUUCAUCUCCAAACAUACUGCCGUCGCUGCCUCGACAAUGGAAACCGGCAUCAACAAGCUGGAUGAGCAGGUCACCGAGACGCUGUACUCGAGUCAGAACGACGAGAUCGAGGCGCCGGUCCUGAAGGAGAUCACGAGGGUCAGCACGCUCAUCAAGGGGCUCGUUGCGUGUGGUGCCAAGGUCGACGAGGAUACGAUCGUCAAGGUGUACGAGGGCGCUGUCGAACUGGAGGCUGAGGAGCAGAGUCUGGGAGGCGUCGAGAAGGGCGUUGGGGCCAAGGGCGUUGUGGAAGCGGUGCUGGCCCGGCUGGCGGUCGAGAACGCGGGAUGAACAACAAUUGGAGUGAAUCCAAUUUGUACAGGGACCAUGUCAAAAGGCAUCUGCCUAUACUUUGGCGUUCCCAUGCGCCGUGGCGUUGGCUUGAAAGCCCACCCACAGCCUUGCGAAGGGAGGCCUGGACAAGCCCUUUGGGCCGCGGGUACGCGCCGUGCCCAGCAGACGGAGGCGCACUAAAGUGGCGACAUGUCAUCGAGUGCAAGCUGGCAAAAGCUAGAGUCAGGACAACUGUGAAUCUCGCAUUCACGUUCAAUGCAAGAAGAAGCAAAAAUAAUGAU